AUGCCAUCUACGUUGGAAACGUUGUCCGAUGAAAUUCUAAUGAUCAUUUUACAAUAUUCUGGUAAUGUUUAUAAUAUAUUUCGAACAUUUUCUGGAUUAAAUAAACGUCUGAAUAAUAUUCUUAUUGAUAGACGUUUACAUCUAUUUACUGAUUUUUUAUGUAUGCAUCAUGACGAUACAAAUCUGGAUUACUAUUAUAAUUCUGCAUUGUUUCAUGAUAUAUCUCGACAAUUAUUAUCACUGACUAAAAUAAAAAAUGACCAAGUACUUCGACAAUGUUUUAAGUCGUUAGUUUUCUUUCAUAUCAAAGAACAAGCUAAUCGAUUGAAAUGUGAAUUUCAAUUGAAUAUGAAACAGUUUCAAUCUAUUCGUUUACUACUUACGAAUGAUGAAACACGAAAUAUUGAUGAAGAAUUAAAGAACUCAUUGAACAAAUUUAAAAAAUGUCCCAAAUCUAUUAAGGACAUAGAAAAAAUUACAUCACUUGUUUUAAAACAAGGUGCUCGCCUUGAAUAUGAUGAUAGCGAAUCCCGUGAAUUUAAUCUUACUAAAACAAUUAAUGAAUUGUUACUUUCGAAGCUCAACUCUAUUGAAUAUUGCACACGAUCAUUGAUCAAUUCUCUCGUUCAAAUGUUUAAAUCACUCAUUAUUUCAAAUAUGAAUCUUCUCAAGGAUCACGAUUGGUUUUAUUAUGAUAGUUAUGGUAUUCACUUUUUUCUAUGCUAUUCAAUUUAUCAAAUAAAUAAUAUUAAUUCUCAUAAAACAAUAAAUUCUAUCAAUAUGCAAUGUUAUCAAGUUAUUCUAGAUUUAUUUCUCUUUACUAUACAAUGUUUGAAACACUUAUUUAAUGAUGAAAUUUGGGCGAAAAUAUAUCUUUUCGAUAUAUUUAAUAUGAUUAAUUUAACAAAUAUUGUCACUAAUUAUGAAAUAUUUAUUGAAGCGAAUCAAAUUGCAAUAUUGAAUAUUGUACUUAAUGAAUAUAGUCUCGAAGAUAAAAUACUAUUCGAUGAAGAUUUUAAUGAUACAUUUCAACAAAUUCUAGAUAAUCUAAUUGAAAAUAAUCGAAUACAUAUACUGUUAUGUAUUUACCAUUCAAAUGAACGUAUAAGAAAUUUAUUUCAAAAAUUCUGGAAUAAUCAAAAAUAUGUAAAUAUAAUGACAAGAAAUCGAACAACGAGACAAUUUUUUCAUGCACUCUUAAAUGAUCAUCUAUUAAGAGCAUGGUUAACAAGUACAGAUUUGUUAUUUAUUUUAUUAGAGAAGAAAGAAUGUAAACUUGUGAAAAAAUUAUUAAAAUUAUCUCCAUCACUUAUUCAUCGAUGUGACAACGAUGGUAAUGAUCCAUUACUUUAUAUCUGUUUGAACGUACACGGAUGUCGACAAAACAUAGUCGAAUUUCUAAUUGAGAUGGGAUGUGAUUUGCAAAGGAGAAAUUCAUUGGGCCAAAAUUUGAUCGAUGCACUACGAUUGGAAAAAAAUCGAAAACUAUUGAAAAGAUUAUUCGAACGAAAAAUGAUUCAAAUCGAUGAUGUUUCUGGCGAAAUAACAACGACGUUAAUUAACCAAUUACAUUGA